UUUCUGACACUUCAAAGUCUGUCAUGGCUGUGUUCAAGUUCGCUGUGGGUCUGCUGGCCCUGCUGCUGGUGUCUGCCUGGGCUGAGGAGGUGGAGACAGAGAAUGCUGUAGAGGAGGACACCACUGCCGAGCUGUCUGUCUCUGAGCUGCUGGACAGGGCCAACAGGGACCUGACUCCUGACUUUGAUGAGCCCAAGCUGAUGGGAGACAUCGCCCUUUACGACGAGUCUGAGAGGAACGCCGACCCUUGCACUUCCCGCGGUUGCAUGUGGGGAAAGUACAAUGACGGCAAGGUCUACGUGCCCUACGUCAUUGCCAACCACUACUCCUCCCGCGAGCUGUCCAUCAUUCAGCGUGGUCUGGACUCCUUCGCCUCCUCUUCCUGCAUCCGCUUCAAGCGCCGCUCCAACGAGAGGGACUACAUCAGCAUCGAGUCUCGCAGCGGAUGUUACUCCUACGUUGGUCGUACUGGUAACGCUCAGACCGUGUCUCUGAGCCGCUCCGGCUGCCUGUACCACAGCACCGUCCAGCACGAGCUGCUCCAUGCUCUGGGCUUCAACCACGAGCAGACCCGCAACGACCGUGACAACCACAUCCGUGUCUACUAUGAGAACAUCAUUGAUGAUAUGAAGUACAACUUCAACAAGAUCAACACCCUCAACCAGGGAACUUCCUAUGACUACAACUCUGUCAUGCAGUACGAGAGGUAUGCCUUCUCCAAGAACAACCGCCCCACCAUGGUGCCAAUCCCCAACAGCAACAUCGCUCUCGGCAAGGCCACCCAGAUGAGCCAGAGCGACAUCAACAGGCUCAACAGGCUGUACAAGUGCUAAACGAAGGCAAAUUGACCAAAUUUGACAUCCAUUCCACCAACUUCUGAAGUCAAUUACCAUCAAUAAACAUAAUUUGGUGCAAUAA